AUGAAGCUGCUAGUGAUUUUAGCAUUUUACAUAACACUAAGCUACGGAAAUUCUAUUUCAAGGAUCCCUUAUGACAACAGUCAUUAUGUUGAUGGUGUAAGCCGCUACAUUUGGAUGUCCAGGGAUGAUGGUGAACAGACUUUAGUAGACCUACAUGAAAGUGUGGAUAAUCUUGAAAACACAAAGGCAGCUGGAGCUAACAAUCAAUACUGGCUUUAUACUAGACAAAAUCCGGAUGACUAUCAGCUGCUAGUCCAUGGAGAAUCUAGCAGUGUAAUCAAUUCGUACUUCCAAGCGGAUAAGAUGACCAAAGUAGUCGUACAUGGCUGGAAUAAUAAUGGAGCGGAUUCUGUAUACAAUCAAGUGAUGAGAAAUUCGUUACUUGACGCUGAAGAUUGCAAUGUAAUAGCUGUUGAUUAUCGUGAUAUUGGAAGUGCGUUAUACGUAGUCGCAGUAAAUGGUGUCCCAAGUGUGGGCGAGUCGCUUGGUACUUUCUUGGAUUGGUUAUUGAAAGAAACUGGUGGGGAUUGGAACAAUGUCCAUCUUCUUGGUUACAGUUUGGGCGCACACGUUAUUGGCAAUGCGGCACGCAUAGUUGAUGGUCGGCCAGCCAGACUCACAGGUUUCGAUCCAGCUGGUCCUCUUUGGCAUAUGCAUCCUAAUAGGUUGGACAGUAGUAACGCUCAGUAUGUAGAAGCUAUUCAUACGAAUGGUGGAGUUAUGGGUAUAUUAUCUCCAGUUGGCCAUGUAGACUUUUAUCCUAACGGUGGUGUAAUACAGCCCGGCUGCUUCUCUAACAAUUGCUUCCACGACCGAUCAUACCAAUUCUUUGCAGCGAGCAUAAACACAGGCCAUUUAGUAGGACGAAAGUGCGAAAAUAUUUCUGAAGCUUUAAACAACAGUUGUACUGGAACCCCUUUACAAUUAGGGGGUAUAGAUAUUAAUAAAAGAGGGAGCGGUAUUUUCGGUAUGCGUACAGGCAGAGCUUGGCCUUUUUGA